AUGCCGCCAAAGAAGAGGUCAGCAGCUGCCGCCACUAGCGGUGGCGAAUCGCCCAAAGCCAAACGUCAAACCAGGUCCAAGGCCACCAAAACAGCCACACAUGGAUCAGACAAGGAAGAAGUAGAGUCCCCCCAAAAGAAGACCGGAGCCAAGGCCAAAGCCAAAGCCAAGAAUACCACUGAUGGCAGCAAUACCCUUGUGUCGGAUAUUCCAUCCGAUCAACUCAACACUUUUCAAGCAGAGCCGGAUGAUGAUGAUGAUGAUGAUGGUGGUGAUGAUGUCCAGAUAUACGCCACGACAAAGUCCUCGACCAGCAAGAAGAAGGCGAAGAAGACGUCCAAAGUUCAAGAAGCUGCCGCAAGUCCAUCGCCCAAGCUGCUCACAAAAGUCGACUCUGUUACCCCUGAGCCUGCAGCUAGUGGUCAAGUUGCAUCCUCCGACAAACGCCUUGCCAUUCCUGUGGAUGAAGGCUGCCCUCUCUCGACUUACCGUGUGUUUGUGGAUCCUUCCGACGGUAUGAUCUACGAUGCUUCCCUCAAUCAAACCAAUGCAUCGAACAACAACAACAAGUUUUACCGCAUUCAGCUGCUGGAGAGCCAUGGCGGUGACUAUCAGACCUGGACCAGAUGGGGAAGAGUAGGCGACCGCGGUCAGAGCAAGCUCCUGGGCGAUGAAUCCCUGUCUCAUGCGCGCAAGGAAUUCGAUAAGAAGUUCAAGGAUAAGUCUGGCCUAACCUGGGAGAAGCGGCUCGACAAACCAAAAUCCGGCAAAUAUGUCUUCCUCGAGAAGUCCUACGAGCCAAGUGAUGAGACAGACACCGUUCCGCAGACCACGGCUGGUGCUUCACGUGCGAGAAGCAAGAGUCCGGCAAAGUGUACACUGCCGCCCGUCGUUCAGUCCCUGAUGGACUUGAUCUUCAACACUGAUUACUUCGCGGCUGCCAUGGAGAGCUACAACUACGACGUAAACAAACUCCCUCUGGGCAAGCUCAGCAAGACGACCAUCUCUCGUGGUUACCAGGCCUUGAAGGACCUGUCUGCUGCGAUCGACGAUCUGGAGAGUGCUGAUUCUGUGGAGGAGCUGUCCAACAUGUACUAUUCCCUGAUCCCGCAUAACUUCGGGCGUGGUCGUCCUCCAGUCAUCCGCAGCAAGGAUCUGCUCAAACGUGAGGCAGAGCUACUAGACAGUCUCUCAGACCUCAAGGAAGCCGAUGACAUCCUGAAGGGCAGUGAGGACUCGGACGAUAUAGAGGAGGUCCACCCUUCCAACUUCCGCUUCCGAAGCCUUGGUAUGCAAGAGAUGACUGUGGUUGACAGAAUGACGCCCGAGUUCGCGGAGAUCAGCCAGUACCUCAACAAGACCGAAGCCCAUCACCUGCAGUACCAGCUGGAGAGCGUGUUCCGUAUCGAGCGUCAGGGUGAGCUUGACCGUUUCAAGAACAGCCCGUAUGCGAACAUUGCAAGUGACAAACGACUGCUGUGGCAUGGUUCAAGGACCACUAACUUCGGUGGUAUUCUCAGUCAGGGUUUGCGUAUCGCGCCGCCAGAAGCUCCCGUCAGCGGCUAUGCCUUUGACAAAGGCCUCUACCUCGCCGACAUGUCUUCGAAGUCUGCCAAUUACUGCUACGCGUAUGCGAGUGGCGACUAUGGGCUGCUGCUCCUGUGCGAGGCCGAGCUUGGUAAUCCGAUGCUACUAUUGCAGAGUGGUGACAGCAAUGCGGGUUCCAUUGCGAAGAGCAAAGGCCACUAUUCUACCUGGGGUCAAGGUCGAAUGGCUCCGAAGGGCUGGAAGGAUGCGAAGUGCGUCCAUCCAUCGCUGGAGGGCGUAAUGAUGCCGGACACCACCGACGCACCUGGCGAGACGAACGUCGUGGGCGGGUAUCUGCAGUACAACGAAUACAUCUGCUACGAUGUGGCGCAGGUUCGCUUGAGGUACCUGCUUCGUGUUCGCAUGUAG